AUGGAUUGGUUGGUCACACACCAAGUGAGUUUGGACUGUGCCACAAAAAGAGUUGUACUGAAAACUGAAGACGAUAGCGAGGCAGAAAAGUUGGUUCGUAAGGGAUGUAAGGCAUAUUUGGCCUACAUUAGUGUUUCAGAUUCUAGAGGUUCUUCGGUUAAGGAUAUCAGGACAGUUAAGGACUUUCCGGACGUUUCUCCUGAAGAGCUACCUGGGUUACCUCCGAAUCGUAAACUAGAGUUUGGGAUUGAGCUCCUUCUUGGUACAGCUCCAGUGUUCAUCGCUUCCUAUAGAAUGACACCGAAAGAGCUUGUGGAGCUUAAGGCUCAGAUUCAAGAGUUACUGGAUCAACUGAGGAUGAGCACAAUGAACACCUCAGAGUGGUUCUACAGAUUCUGUGAGAAAAACAAUUGUAUGCCAAGUUUAAUAAAUUUUUCUAGGACUGGUAGGGUAUUGACUAAGCUACUACGUAAGGGUGUACCAUUUAACUGGACUGAUUUGCAGCAAGAGAGCUUUGAGAAGCUCAAGGCUGUAAUGAAUGAGGCCCCUGUUCUAAUACAGCCAGAGUCUAGAAAGGAGUUUAUUGUUUACAACAACACAUCACAUGUCGGUUUAGGAUGCGUAUUGAUGCGAAAGGGUAAGGUGGUAGCUUACGCGUCUCAUCAGCUUAAGACUCAUGAGGCAAAUUAUCCGAUGCAUGACUUGGAGUUGGCUGCAGUAGAGCUUAAUCUUAGGCAGCGUAGAUGGACUGAGCUGCUUAAGGACUAUGACUGUACGAUUGAAUACCACCCUGGUAAGGCUAAUGUGGUGGCCGAUGCACUGAGCCGUAGAGCCAUGACUGAUCUGAGGGCCAUGUUUGCUCGCCUCAUUUUAUUUGAUGAUGGUAGUUUGUUGGCUGAACUUCAAGUUGAGAGUGGGAAUACCGAGGAUUUAAGACUGAAUAGCGAAGGGGAGCUUUAUUUUCGUGAGAGAAUCUGUCCAGUCAAGAUUCCACUUUGGAAGUGGGAGCGUGUAACUAUAGAUUUCGUUAGUGGUUUACCCCUCACACCCACUAAGAAGGAUUUAGUGUGGGUCAUUGUGGAUCGAUUGACUAAAUCUGUCCACUUCAUACCGGUUCGUACUGACUACUCUUUACAGAAGUUGUCUAAAUUGUAUGUGUCUGAGAUAGUGAGACUUCAUGGGACUGACGGUCGGCCAGAGAGGGUGAUUCAAAUACUGGAGGAUAUGUUGAGAAGUUGUGUGAUUGACUUCCGAGGCAGUUGGGAGGAUUACCUAUCGCUAGCAAAAUUUGGUUAUAACAACAACUAUCAGCCUAGCAUUCAGAUAACACCCUACGAGGCAUUAUAUGGUCGUAGGUUGAUUCGAGACCAACUGAAGGCGGUAUCAGACAGACAGAAGUCCUAUAUGGAUCUAAAGUGUCGAGAGAUUGAGUAUUCGGUGGGGGACUUCAUUUUUCUUAAGAUUCAUGACGUGUUCCACAUCUCUAUGUUGAGGCACUACCACUCUGAUCCCACGCAUAUUGUUCCAGUAGAGGAGAUUGAGGUUAGACCAGAUCUGACUUUCGAGGAGGAGCCGGUUCAGAUACUGGAUCGUGAUGUAAAGGUUCUAAGAAAAAAAUCCAUCCCACUGGUUAAGGUUCCUUGGCAUAAUCAUAGCUCAGAGAAGGCCAUGUGA